UCUUGAGGCACCUCUCUCCUAUGCCUUUGUUCCUUCCUCCGGCCGACACGAACACCCCAGCCUCCGACGCACGGUUAAACCGUUAACACCUUGCCGGUAUUUAAACUAUCCGGCCAUCCCUCGCGGCUCGGAAGUUUCUCGUGAUCUCCUGUUUCCCAACAUCAAGUAUUCAUUUCAUUCCAUCUACUCCAAUCAAACAAAGUACUUUUUUUGUCUUUCCACUCAACAAAACAAGACAGUCAUCAUGGGUCUCGCCAACGACAAGUUCCCUUCCUCGGUCGCUUUCGACGCCAUCAACGAUGCGCUUACCGGCAGCGAAGACGACCGCAAGGACGCUAUCAAGCAGGGCAAUGCCAUUUUCGCCUUCACCCUGAAGAACUCGGCCGGUGAGACCGACAGCUGGCACAUUGACCUCAAGGAGAAGGGUCAGGUCGCCAAGGGCACCGGCAACAAGCCCACCGUCACUCUGUCUCUGUCCGAUUCCGACUUUGGCAACCUCGUACAGGGCAAGGCCAACGCCCAGAAGCUUUUCAUGUCCGGCAAGCUCAAGAUCAAGGGCGACGUUAUGAAGGCUACCAAGAUGGAGCCCAUCCUGAAGAAGGCGCAGUCCAAGGCCAAGUUGUAGAUGUGUCGCGUUGGACAUUUUAUUGUCGGUAAUACCCUGUACCAUAACCUACCAGUUGGAUCAGCCGUACGUUGCUGGACCCGGAUAUGCGCCAAACGUAGCGUUGUCGUAGGCGAUGAGAAUAUGACCAUUCAUCUAGCAUGUUGAAACCCCGUCCCAUGAUAUUUCACCAAGAACACCGUACCGCAUUGACACAAUCCACGAUGUACGGCGUGCGAUGCGCCCGUGGUCGUUUGAAUGG